AAACCGUAUGGGUAAGCUAAUCUAAACAAGUGAAUGGCUGUCGUUGUUACAACCAGACAGAACACAUUCAUCAUCUGUUUUUAGUCUAUUCUCUCUCCUCCAUACUACAUUCUCUCUCUAAUGGCGACUCUUCAAUCUCUUGCAUUUUCUCCUGCACUUUCUCACACUUCGCAUCACCCUCGCUCUCUUCUCGGAAUAGCAUCAAGGAUAGUUCAUCAAAGUGCAGGUUCUUCAUUCAAUGGCCAACGAUUGUGCCUAUCCCGUUCGCGUUUCACUACCAAUAUCAAAAACCAGAAAAUGUCCAGACUAUGUAUAAUGAUGGUUCAACCAAAAAUUCAGUUCAUACAAGGAACUGAUGAGCAAACAAUACCAGAUGUGAAAUUAACAAAGUCAAGGGAUGGGACAAAUGGUAUGGCUAUAUUCAGGUUUGAUCAACCCUCCGUAUUUGAUUCAUCUGGUGAAGUAGGGGAUAUCACUGGAUUCUACAUGAUUGACGAAGAAGGGGUUCUAACGUCAGUUGAUGUCAAUGCUAAGUUUGUUAAUGGAAAGCCUGCAGGAAUUGAAGCUAAGUAUAUUAUGCGGACUCCACGAGACUGGGACAGGUUCAUGAGAUUUAUGGAGCGGUAUGCUAAUUCAAAUGGCUUGCAGUUUGUUAAAAGUUGAGAUUAUAUUGUAUGUUUUCUUUUGCCUCGCCAACAUCUUGAAUUUUUUGUCUGUCAUACUGGUUUAUGAGUAAUUUAGUUCAAAAGGUGUAAACUUGAGAAAAUUCCUCACUCCAUUUACAGUUAGAUGUUACUUUUGUUCA